UCGUUUGACGUACGUUUCGGUUCAGGAUGACGUUUCUACAUAACCUCGUCUUGUGGCGGCGCGCUGCUGCAGCACAUUCAUUUGUAAACAUUGUCGCUAAACGAUUGCCCUGCGGCCCCCAAAACGAUGGAUCUCAAAACGUUCAAAUUGCUGCAUCCUGUGAAGUACUACAAAGAUUACCUCGAAAACAACAUUCGUCCCGAUGGGCGCGAACUGGAAGAGCUGCGGCCACUGGCUAUUAGCUUCGAUGUGAUCAAAAGCGCGGAUGGAUCCGCAAUAGUGAAAGUGGGCAACACAACGGUAGUGUGCGGAAUUAAAGCAGAACUGGCCACACCGAAUGCGUUAGCACCGGGGCACGGCUUUCUCGUACCGAAUGUCGAUCUGUCACCGGUAUCGUCACCGUCGUACCGUCCCGGGCCACCGUGCGAUGAGGCUCAGGUGUACAGCCAAUCGGUAGCGGACGCGAUCAGCAAUGCCCGCUGCAUCGAUUUGCAGCAGCUUUGCAUCUCGCCCGGAAAGCUGGUAUGGUGUUUGUACUGCGAUUUAGUAUGUCUGGAUCAUGACGGAUGCGUCUUAGAUGCUGCUAUAAUAGCACUCGUAGCCGCUUUCCACACAGUAAAUCUUCCCACCAUUCAAUACAAUAGUGACACAGAGGAAACGGAAGCAGACACAUCCAGGCUUUUGCCGUUGACGGUUGACUGUGUGCCUGUAACGACCUCGUUCGUGAUGGUUGCUGGCCGCUUGAUUGCGGAUCCGACCACCGAAGAAGAAAAACUUGCGAGCACGACCUUAACGGUAACGGUAAGCGAUGGCAAGAUGAGCUUUUUCAACCAGUCCGGUGGCGAUCCAAUGGACAGCAGAACGCUUAAAAAGUGCACCGACAGUGCAAUAAAACGCGAACGGUCCGUGAAAAAGAUGAUUCUAACCAUGCAAAGAAAAUCAUCCAGCUGAACGCAAAUGAAAAUAAAAGGAUUAAGAAUUGAGAACAGU